UGAGAGCAGUUCCGUUCUGUCCUGCUUUGGUUCUGUUUCGCUGCUCCUCAUCACUCUGUAAUGUAACUCAGACAAAUGCUGUUGCCGCCCAAACCAAAACAGGACCUGUUUCCCAAACUAUCAUCAAACGGGUAAUUCACUGGCUUAAAUUUUGUGCCGAGGAGGAGCAUGAUCAUGAGGAAUGCUGUUAUUCUUCAGGCUCUUCUUUUCAUCCACAUCUCUGUGGCGUGCUUCUUCACAGCAGUGUCCUGUCAGUCUGAUAGCAGCAGAAGUGUGGUGGUGGCCGGCUACAAUGUCAGCGGCCCCGCCGGGUCCAACCUGGUACUGCAGUGCAUGAGCGGUCGCAUGGUGUGGACCAGGGACAGGGUGAGGGACAGACAGAAGGUGGUCCACUGGGAUAUGUAUCGGGACGCCCCAGACUACGCCAUGGAGAGAGUGGUGGACAUGUUCUCGGCUGGAGACCAGAGGCUCUACCACAUCCACAAUCUGGGAAGGGUCAGCCUCAACCCAACAGCCUUCAAGGAUGGGAACUUCUCACUGGUCAUCAAAGAUGUGAAGAUGAACGACAGAGGCCUGUACUCCUGCAACCUCCACCAUAUCUACUGCCACCUGCAUGAAACAGUCAGAGUUCAGCUCAAUGUGACCAAAUCAAAACGCAAGCAGCAGCGCUUCUGGGACGGACAGAAAGCGGUGUACGUGGUGCUGCAGGGGACCACCGCCGUGUUGCCCUGCAUGAACAGGCGCAGCGUCUGGACGGACUGGAGCGACGAGGAGGAGGACCAGCAGGUUGUCCACUGGGACCGUCAGUCCCCGGGAGUCCAGCAUGACAGUGCCGAUCGGCUGGUGGAUCUGUACGCCUCUGGAGAGCAGCGCAGCUACGGGCCUCUGUUCCUGCAGAGGAAGAUGAACAUCAGCAAUAAGGCCUUCUCAGAGGGUGACUUCUCUCUAACAAUAACAGACCUGCAGUUUACAGACCAGGGGACAUAUUCCUGUCACCUUCACCAUCAUUACUGUGGCCUACACGAACGGAGACAGUUUCGAGUCACGGUUGAGGCCCCUCUGUUUCGGAGCACACAACCGGUCAUAACACUUCCCCGAGACAAAGACACCAGUAAAGUUGACGCACCGCGAGUCAUCAAUGUCAUCGUGCCCGACCAAAAACACCAUUUUCUCCUGCCGCUCAGCUACGUCCUCACCUCAUUCCUGCUUCUGGCAUUCAUUACGCUCAUUGUCGUCCUCGUCACGAAACGACGCAAAGCCAAAGAUUUUUCUCCUAAAGUAUCUGUUAGGUCCAGCAGAAGUCCCAGCAGCUCAGAUGAGUAUGAGAUAGACAUUGGUGAGGUGAACAGGUGUACUCAAGAGGAGAAAGGAUUUGAAUACAAGAACAACCUGCUAAAAGAAAACACCCUGAUGAAGGCGCAGCCAAAGGUCAUUGAUCUUGACAAAGAGAUCCAGAAGUUUUCCAAGUGAGAAAGUGAGACAGAAGCGAAAUCUGAGUCACUGGCGGGUCCAGAGGCUGCAUUUUCUCCAGACACAUCCACAUUACCUUCUGUCGUAGUCAGAGGAAACCAGCUAUGUGGAUUUUUUGGAUGGGGUUUUGCCAUUAUUAGAAAAAUGUCCCUAACUCUUUAAAUAUCAAACAUAAAUGACUCCAUUUAUCCACAGCUAUGACUUGAAAGUGGACAAGAGAAAAUAAUGAACAGAGGCUUUUUCUUCUUCUAAAAGCAGACUCUUCAUUUUGUCUGAUUGUUGAAUGUUUAUUCUUGUCUUAUAUGAUGGCAUCUAUUUUGGUUGUAGGAUAGUAUUUCAGUGCUGUGCUUUAAGCAUUCUAUGUUAAUUAAUCAUUUUAGAUGUCAUAAAGGCACACUUAAAUUUUGCUUUGUACAGUUUUAGUUCACAGCUUUCUCUGGUCAUGAACUCCCCCUAGUGGGGUAGCAAGAGUACUAACAUCCAUCCAGUGGGGCAACAGAUACUAUUUUUUUUUCUUUUUGCUAAAAGUAUGUAAUUCAGCUUUUUCUUUGUUUGGUUUAGUUCUGUCUGUAAUGAAUGCCAUUUGUGCUGCUGCACUUUAAUGCUCAUACAUUCAAGGAAUAAAAAUAUGAGGAAUUUUA